UGUUCGGGGGGGAGGCAGUCAUGCGGACGGAUCCACGAGUUGUCAUCGGCUGGGCUGCAAGAAGAAGAAGAAGAAACUCAGAGGAAAGAUGCAUGAAGAGGAGGACGGCGGCGGGGAGAGCUCGUGCCCCGCUUCACGGCUGCAGUCCUUCAAGUCUUUAGAUGUGCCGGAGGUGGAGGGAGCGAAGGAGCAGGCCUCCAAGCUGUGCGGCUACUUGAACAAACUCUCUGGAAAGGGGCCCCUCAGGGGUUACAAACUGCGGUGGUUCGUGUAUGACCAAAGGAAAUGUUACUUGUACUACUUCAAGACUCCCCAAGAUGCCCUGCCUCUCGGACACAUCGAUAUAGGCGAUGCCUGCUUCAUGUACGACAUAGAGGGAGAGGAGGGCCAGUUCGAGGUCCGCACAGCUGACAAGGAGUUUCACCUAAAGGCCCCCAGCCGACAGGUGAUGCAUUACUGGCUCCAGGAGUUGCAGCAGAAGCGUUGGGAGUACAACAACACCAGAGGAACCGGAAACAGAGACAGCUGGAGUUCUCCCACCUUGGUCUACCCUCCCACCGGCCUUGUUGGCAAAGAUAACGAUGCUGUAUUUUCUGAGAAACUAUGUGAAAGCAUGGAGAAGGUCCGCAGCGACUUUGCCAUGGACACAGACACUGAUGUAGGAGGAAUGGUGGGAAUCCAGUCUGCCAGAGGGCCCUUCUCCCUUAAAAACCUUGGUACCGAGCUCAGGAACUCUAUGUCUAAUCUGCGACCUGGCCGAGCGGAGAACAGACGCAGCGUCUUUUACACCGGCAACUCAGAAGAGUGGGAGUUGGUGGAAGCUCCACCCAAAGACUUCCCCGAUCAGAAGCAUCAUCUAGAAACACAGAGGCAUUCUUUUGGGUCGGCGUUCACCUUCGAUUUUGUGCGGAACCGUCAGCGACCCCAGAGGCUUUUGCUUCGAGACGUAAGGGGAUCUGGAAAGCAAGGGCGGGGCAUGGAGAGGCGAGGCUCCGAGAGUCCGACGGGGGAAUGCAACGGCAGCAAAGCUUUGGACAUGCAGCUCCGCCUCCAGAACCAACAGGAUGAGCUGAGCCAGAUGCAGCAGGAGCAAUUCAAGCUGCGGGAGGAGCUGGCCAGCCAGAAGGAGCUGGUUCGACUUCUGCAGCAGACUCUUAGAAGCUCCCAGUGUGAGAGGCCCAGCGUGUGUCGAGCAGCUCCGGAUCCAUCCGCAGACCCGGACCAGGUUCAGAGUCCCGCAGUGACCCAGGAGGAUGUGGCCCAGCUGGAGGCGCUGCUUCAGGAGCGAGACGGUCAAAUCCAGGCGCUUUGUGGACACAUGGAGCGUCUCUCACUGGAGAAAGAGAGCCUGCAGCAGGAGCUAAAGAGCCUGAAGGUUAAAGUGGGUGAAAUUAACGACCAGCUGGGAAUGCUGAUGGAGACCAUCCAGGCCAAAGAUCAAGUCAUCGUGAAGUUGUCUCAGGAGAACUCGGAGCAGAGCGGGAAUCUGACGGAGAGUGGUUCUCCUCCACCUCAGCCGGAACUCAGCAUUCUUAAGGACAGUCUUCAAGGCUACAAAUCCCAGAACAAGUUCUUGAAUAAAGAGAUCUUGGAGUUGACGGUCCUGCGCAGGAACGCAGAGACUCGAGAAAAGGCUUUAGAAGCAAAGUGUACGGCUCUGGAGGCCAAGCUUUGUCAGGUGGAGAGUAAAUAUUUGGUGCUGCUUCAAGAGGUUAGAAAUCCCGUCUGUUCAUCUGAACAGAACCCGGCCCGGGAAGUCAUUUCCAGAUUACUGGAGGACGCCCUGCAGGUGGAGAGCCCUGAACAGAGUGAAAACCACAUCUUCAAACCAAAUACUGUCAGUGAGUAUGAUAUCUACGGCUUCAAGACGGUCCCUGAGGAGGAGGAAGAGGAGGAGAGGCUGGUUGCGAAGGUGAGGGCCCUUGAGCUGAAGUCUCUGUCCAUGACCGACCAGGAGGUUUCUGUCGGGGUGAAGUGGGAGAACUUUCUGACCGGCACCAUGAACAGAGAUCUGGUCCGUUCCCCUGAGCUAAAAUCCCUGAUCCGCUGCGGCGUGCCCCACGAACACCGCUCCCUAGUGUGGCGCUGGUGUGUCACCUUGCACGUCAAGAAGUUCCGCGACCACUUGGCUCCAGACUAUUACGAGACCCUGCUGAAGGUGGCGCGGGAUCGGCCCAACCCGGCAUCAAAGCAGAUCGAGCUGGACUUGCUACGAACGUUGCCUAAUAACAAGCACUACGCCUCCCCGAGCGCAGGAGGGAUCAACAAACUCAGGAACGUCCUGGUGGCCUUCUCAUGGAGGAAUCCAGACAUCGGCUACUGCCAGGGUCUGAACAGGCUUGCAGCAAUUGCUUUGCUCUACUUAGACCAAGAAGAUGCCUUUUGGACUCUUGUUGCCAUCGUAGAGGUUUUCAUGCCAAGAGACUACUACACAAAGACUCUGCUUGGCUCUCAGGUCGACCAGCGCGUGUUCAGAGACCUGAUGAGUGAGAAGCUGCCCCGCCUUCAUGCCCACUUUGAGCAGCACACGGUGGAUUUCUCCCUCAUCACCUUCAACUGGUUCCUGGUGGUGUUUGUGGACAGCGUGGUGAGCGACAUCCUGUUUAAGAUCUGGGACGCCUUUCUGUUCGAAGGGCCAAAGAUCGUGUUUCGUUUUGCUCUCGCACUGUUUAAGUACAAAGAAGAAGAGUUUUUGAAGUUGCAGGACUCCACAGCGAUCUUCAAAUACCUUCGAUACUUCACACGCACAAUCCUGGACUCAAGGAAGCUGAUGAACAUUGCUUUUGUGGAUAUGAACCCAUUCCCCAUGAGGCAAAUCCAGAACCGCCGCUCUUUCCACCUGGAAAAGGUUCGUCUGGAGCUGACAGAGCUGGAGGCCAUCAGACAGACAUUCCUGAAGGAGAGGGAGACCAGUUUGGAUCGCCGGAGCUUUGUUAGCGACGAUGAAGAGGAUAGCUAAGCUGUUUGCUUCCCGGCUGCGUCGCUUUAAUUACAAAGAAUGUUUUUUUUAUACAGAGCGGCGACACUUUAUGGCUGCUAAAGGGAUUAUUUUCCCCCUGUCCGGAUGUCUGUGUUGGAAUAAUGAACUGAACAUAUAAGCAUUAAAGGACCAAACACAUUAUAUCAGUAUUCCUGCCAAUUUUCUUUUCAGUUAAAGUUUUUGUUUUGCUGUAUUUCCAUGUUGUGUGUAGCCAGCAGCUUACUUCCAUUUCAGCACAUGCAGUCCUAAACAGUAUUUUCAAACAUUUCGGUACCUUUUGAAGGAAUAGCUGUUCUUCUUUUUUUGCUCACAUUUCUAAAAAAAAAAAAAAUCUUUAUUCUGUGCUGUAAUUUUUCUUCUUUAUUUUUAUGCAACAUCUCCUAAAAGAAACCAUUCUAUAUCUUUUUAUGUUUUGAUGCACUUGAAUUAUUCAUGCUGUAACUUUAGUCUUUUGCUGAAACCUUUCAUUGUUUUUUAAUCUAUAUUCAGACUAGUUUAAAAUCUAAAAACACAAAAUUAAUUUACUCGACAAGUACAAAGUAUUCUCACAUGUUGACGGAUAGAUAAACAGCAGGUAGAACUGAUACGUUCUACAUAAGUCAACUUCUAUGUGUAUGUGGAAAUCAAACCAACCUUCUAAUAUUGUGCCAUUUAUCAGUCCAGUUUUAGUUGUUAUGGAUAUUUUGUCCAAUAUUUCUAUUACAUAACUAUUUUACAUUUAAGCUCAAAGUUACUUAUUUUAAAUUUACAUUAUAAAGAGCUUCUUUUGCACAUGCAUUUAUUCUUAAAUGAGUAGAAAGUUGGACAUUGUUGUCAACUUUUUCUUUCCCUGUUUCUUCUAGUGAAAUAUCCUUACUUGCAAGACCUCUUCUAUUUUUUAUUUCUUUACCUUUCAGGGCUCAGUUCUUUGUUUAAUGUUCUGGUCAUAGUAGUACUUCUAUUCUCUGAGCCCAACCUGGGGAAAAAUGCUGUUGUAUCUGCUUUGAUUGUCCACAGAGUGGCAGUGUAACAUUUGUCUUAACUCAAUUUUGAAGGUAUGUUGAAAGAAAGUGUAAUUGAUCUAAAAAUGUAUGUUCCUUCUUGUGUCUCUUAGAAAUCUAAAUCAUUUAAAGGAGGGAAGCAUUUUUUUAUAGAAAGCUGAGGGCAUUUGCAGGAAACUGUUCCACAUUCAGGUACCUUCAUGUUACUUUAUACCUUGUUGCUGUGGGGAACUCAAUAUCUCAGACAUUGUAUGUGUGUUUGGCUGAUGAACUGUGAAAGGCUGGAAAAAAUGGGAUUUAAACCUAAAGAGAGAGUUUUUUUGUUUGUUUGAAGCAUAAUUUCUAACUUAAUCUUUAAACUCACUCAAACCUGUUUGCAGAGAUCAGGAUCUUACCCAAUUGGUUUGGAAAUCCAACAUAAAACGGACACAUAAUUUGCUUUAAAUUGUUUUUAUGAGAGCUGGUCUCUUAUCAGAUCAACAUUUCAUUUUUCUGAUAAAAAAAAAAGUCACAUCUAGAAGAAAAGGUUUAUUGUCCUUUUUUCUGAUUAAGCUACCUUUAAAAACCCUCCACUUCUGUUUUCUUUUACACCUCCCUAAUGUUUUUCUCAGCAGUGUAUUGCACAAACAUAUUGUGAGAUCUCAGAAUAUUACAGAGCACUUCAACUUUUAAAUUUCUUAAUUUGUCAGUUUAAAGAUGGAAAUUUUUAAAGUGUCUGCAACUUUUUGCUUUUGUUAAACCUGUUAUCAAUUCAAUAAAAAACACUUGACUUUAA